AUGUCCGGCAUGUUCGAGAACGAAAAGGUCGAGAACCCCGACUCGUCGGAACCCUCGAUCGAACGCAGAGUCGACAAUUCCGAAGUACCAACUCGCAAAAAGGAGACGGGCAAUGGAUUUGACGGCACCGACAAGAUCAUCUUGACAGAAGAUGACUGCUACGAAGAGCUUGGGUUCUGCUUUCCUACCUGGAAGAAGUGGAUGAUCCUCAGUGUCAUCUUCAUUGUUCAGGUCUCGAUGAACUUCAACACUAGUCUUUACAGCAACGCCAUUACUGGAAUGACCGAAGAGUUCAACAUCAGUGCUCAGGCUGCUCGUUGUGGUGCCAUGAUCUUCCUUGUCCUCUAUGCCUUUGGUUGUGAACUUUGGGCACCCUGGUCUGAGGAGCUUGGAAGAUGGCCUAUCCUUCAGCUCAGUUUGUUCCUUGUCAACAUCUGGCAGCUUCCUGUCGCUCUCGCACACAACUUUGGAACCGUCAUGGCUGGUCGUGCCCUUGGCGGUUUGUCUUCUGCCGGUGGUUCAGUCACUCUCGGUAUGGUCGCCGAUAUGUGGGAGCCCGACGAGCAGCAGUACGCUGUCGCUUUCAUCGUCUUCUCUUCUGUCGGUGGCUCCGUUCUUGGACCCGUCGUUGGUGGAUUCGUCGAACAAUACGCUGCAUGUAUCAUGGUGAACAAGAUCGCCAAGAGACGUCGCAAGGCUGGUGAGACCAACGUCUACGGUCCCACUGAACUGAUUCCCUGGAAGGACCGCUUCUCCGCAAAGGAGAUCAUUCAGACCUGGAUCCGACCUUUCAAGAUGUUCCUGACUGAGCCCAUCGUCCUCACCCUCUCUCUUCUCUCUGGUUUCAGUGACGCUUUGAUCUUCAUGUUCCUGCAGUCGUACGCUCUCGUGUACGACCAGUGGGGCUUCUCUGCCUACCAGGUCGGUCUUGCUUUCCUGCCUCUUCUCAUCGGAUACUUUAUCGCAUGGUUCUCAUUCUUCCCCGCCAUCGCCCGUAACAAGAGGCAGCGUCGCGAAAACCCCAACGACGAACACGCCCAGUACGAAUCGCGUCUCUGGUGGCUGCUCUUUACUGUACCCUGCCUUCCCAUCGGUCUGAUUGGCUUCGCAUGGACCAGUGGAGGGCCUCCAAUUCACUGGAUCGGCUCCAUGAUCUUUAGUGCAGUCAUCGGUAUCGCCAACUACUCGAUUUACAUGGCCACCAUUGAUUACAUGAUCUGCGCCUACGGCCCUUACUCAGCCUCUGCCACCGGUGGUAACGGAUGGUCUCGCGACUUCCUUGCUGGUGUACUGACUGUACCCGCCACCCCUUUCUACACCAACAUCGGUGGUGAACACCACCUGGAAUAUGCUUCGACCAUCCUGGCUUGCAUUGCCCUCCUCCUCGUCGUUUCAGUCUACGUCAUUUACUGGAAGGGACCUGUUCUUCGCAAGCGUUCUCCUUUCGCUCAGCAGCUGUCUUCUGCUCGUGAGGAGAAUGGUGGAAGAAGAUCCUCGGCCAUUUACGGCCCCAGCAGAAACAACUCAAUGGCCGGCGCUUCUGUCAAGUCAAGCGCGUCCCAUAGACAGUCUGUUUAG